GGUGGCUGCUGCUGCCGCCGCCGCCGCCGCCGCGCCUGCUGCGAGAUGGCGAUCUUGGGCGCGGAAGGGUGAGGGCGCCCGCCGCUGGAGGAGGCGCCGCUGCUGUGGCCGCCCGACCGCCGGGAGCCGACAGCUUUGCGUCGGGUUUGUCUCCUCACUAGACUAUGAGCUCCUUGAAAGAAGGAAUCGUGUCUUACUCAUCUUUAUAUCCCCAGUGUCUAGCACAGUUCCUGGUACAUAGUAUAAGCUGAAUAUUGGGACAUGGCCACUGCUUCACCACGGUCUGAUACUAGUAAUAACGACAGUGGAAGGUUACAGUUACAGGUAACUGUUUCUAGUGCCAAACUAAAAAGAAAAAAGAACUGGUUUGGAACAGCAGUAUAUACAGAAGUAAUUGUAGAUGGAGAAAUUAAGAAAACAGCAAAAUCCAGUAGUUCUUCUAAUCCAAAAUGGGAUGAACAGCUAACCGUAAAUGUGACCCCACAGUCUACAUUGGAAUUUCGAGUUUGGAGUCAUUAUACUUUAAAAGCUGAUGCUUUAUUAGGAAGAGCAACAAUAGAUCUGAAACAAGCUCUGUUAAUACACAAUAGAAAAUUGGAAAGUGUGAAAGAACAAUUAAAACUUUCUUUGGAAAACAAGAAUGGCAUAGUGCAAACUGGUGAAUUAACAGUUGUGCUCGAUGGACUGGUGAUUGAGCAAGAAAGUCUAACAAACUGCAGCUCAUCUCCAACCAUAGAAAUACAGCAAAAUGGUGAUGCCUUACAUGAAAAUGGAGACCCUUCAACAAGAUCAACCUCCAGGUUGGCUGUUGAAGGUACUAAUGGAACAGAUAAUCAUGCACCCACAAGCAGUCUAGUUCAAAACUCAUGCUGUUCAUAUGUAGUUAAUGGAGACAGCACACCUUCAUCUCCGUCUCAGGUUGCUGCCAGACCCAAAACCACACCAGCUCCAAAACCACUCACAUCUGAGCCUGCCAAUGACACUGUUAAUGGAGAAUCAUCCUCAUCUGCACCAACCGAUAAUGCUUCCACCACGGGUACUGCAAUAGUAUCUGAAGAAAAUGCCUUGUCUUCAAAUUGCACUAAUACUACUGUUGAAGAUCCUCCAGUUCAAGAAAUACUGACUUCCUCAGAAAACAAUGAAUGUAUUCUUUCUAACAGUGCAGCAUUUGGAUCUGAAACAAGAAGUACUUUGGACCUUGCUGCCUCUAAUUCUGGAAAUAAUUCUGCUUUUGAGGCAGCCAAAUUAAGACAGCCAGAUGGGUGUGUGGAACCUGUACGGCAGCAGUCUGGAAGUACCAACACAGAAACAUUGCCAUCAGGGUGGGAACAGAGAAAAGAUCCUCAUGGUAGAACUUACUACGUGGAUCAUAAUACUCGAACGACUACAUGGGAGAGGCCACAACCUUUACCUCCAGGUUGGGAAAGAAGAGUUGAUGAUCGUGGCAGAGUUUAUUAUGUGGAUCAUAACACCAGAACAACAACCUGGCAGCGGCCUACCAUGGAGUCUGUUCGAAACUUUGAGCAGUGGCAGUCUCAGCGGAACCAAUUGCAAGGAGCUAUGCAACAGUUCAACCAGAGAUACCUCUAUUCGGCUUCAAUGUUAGCUGCAGAAAAUGACCCAUAUGGGCCUUUGCCACCAGGCUGGGAAAAAAGAGUGGAUUCGACCGACAGGGUUUACUUUGUGAAUCAUAACACAAAAACAACCCAGUGGGAAGAUCCCAGAACUCAAGGCUUACAGAAUGAAGAGCCCCUGCCAGAAGGCUGGGAAAUUAGGUAUACUCGGGAAGGUGUUAGGUACUUUGUUGAUCAUAAUACAAGAACAACAACAUUCAAAGAUCCUCGCAAUGGGAAAUCAUCUGUAACUAAAGGUGGUCCACAGAUUGCUUAUGAACGCAGCUUUAGGUGGAAACUUGCUCACUUCCGUUAUUUGUGCCAGUCUAAUGCACUACCCAGUCAUGUAAAGAUCAAUGUAUCCCGGCAGACACUAUUUGAAGAUUCCUUCCAACAGAUUAUGGCAUUAAAACCCUAUGACUUGAGAAGGCGAUUAUAUGUAAUAUUUAGAGGAGAAGAAGGACUUGAUUAUGGUGGUCUAGCAAGAGAAUGGUUUUUCUUGCUUUCACAUGAAGUUUUGAACCCCAUGUAUUGCUUAUUUGAGUAUGCUGGCAAGAACAACUAUUGUCUUCAAAUAAAUCCAGCAUCAACCAUUAACCCAGACCAUCUUUCAUACUUCUGUUUUAUUGGUCGCUUUAUUGCGAUGGCACUUUUUCAUGGGAAGUUUAUUGAUACUGGUUUCUCUUUACCAUUCUACAAGCGUAUGCUAAGUAAAAAACUGACUAUUAAGGAUUUGGAAUCUAUUGAUACUGAAUUUUACAACUCCCUUAUCUGGAUAAGAGAUAACAACAUUGAAGAAUGUGGCUUAGAAAUGUACUUUUCUGUUGACAUGGAAAUUUUGGGAAAGGUUACUUCGCAUGACCUGAAGUUAGGAGGUUCCAAUAUCCUGGUGACUGAGGAGAACAAAGAUGAAUAUAUCGGUUUAAUGACAGAGUGGCGUUUUUCUCGAGGAGUGCAGGAACAGACCAAAGCUUUCCUUGAUGGUUUCAAUGAAGUCGUCCCUCUUCAAUGGCUGCAGUACUUUGAUGAGAAAGAAUUAGAGGUUAUGUUGUGUGGCAUGCAGGAGGUUGAUUUGGCAGAUUGGCAGAGAAAUACUGUGUAUCGACAUUAUACAAGAAACAGCAAGCAAAUCAUUUGGUUUUGGCAGUUUGUGAAGGAGACAGACAAUGAAGUAAGGAUGCGACUAUUACAGUUUGUCACUGGAACCUGCCGUUUACCUCUAGGAGGAUUUGCUGAGCUCAUGGGAAGUAAUGGGCCUCAAAAAUUUUGCAUUGAAAAAGUUGGCAAAGACACCUGGUUACCAAGAAGCCACACAUGUUUUAAUCGCUUGGAUCUACCACCAUAUAAGAGUUAUGAACAACUAAAGGAAAAACUUCUUUUUGCAAUAGAAGAGACAGAGGGAUUUGGACAAGAAUGAAUGUGGCUUCUUGUCUUGGAGGAGCUCUUGCAUUUAAAUACCCCAGCCAAGAAAAAUUGCACAGAUAGUGUAUAUAUAAGCUGUUCAUUCUGUACAGUGAAUUUUCUGAACCUCUCAAAGUAUAAAUGUUUUCCGUUCUUCCACAGAAAUAUGCAAAACAGUUCAUCCUUUUCUACUUUAUUUAUUGUUCCCUUGAAGUGACUGACCAGGAAAAAGAUCAUCCUUAAAUUCUGAAGCAAGCAAGAGACUUUAUUAAAAAUAAGUAUAUAUCUAUAUAAGCAUAUAAGAUAGUGGCUCUAGUUUUAUAGAGCUCUGAGUAUAUUAAACAUGACAGCCGUUCAUUCAAAAAAUAAUCUGGAUUUGCUUUACCUUGUUUCUAGUAUCCAGAGGAAAAAGUACAAAUUGCUUCAUGAUCUUCUCCCUUAUAUAACACCUUUUGAGGGUGUUUAGUUGCAUGGCUGUUCAGGAAGGUAUUAAGGGCUUAGGCCAAAUCUUACUUUGAGUAUGUUAAAAAAUGCUGCUGGCUUUUCUGAAGACAGGCAUUUGAACCUGUCAGCUCAUUUUAAAUAAAUACAAUAGUUGAAAAUUUUCCCUCUUUGCUACAUCACUAAUACAGUCAAAGUAAUGAAUGAAACCAUAAUGUACAUGUAAGUGAUACACUAUAUCUGAUGCCAUUUAGUUUAUUCUAGAAAUUGGAAAGAAUUCAUUAAGCAGCAAAGAGAUUUGUUUACAUGUUACUUUGGGAUGCUAGGUAUUUGUGGAGUUAAAAAGAAUCAGGUACUUAAGUACUUUUGUUUUUAAAUCUGUGAUGUUCUUUAAAUUUAACUCAUAUAAAUUGAUGCAGUUUGAUACUUAGGAACAUAUAAUAAGGUAAUGUGAACAUUUUUGCUUUUGUGUUCAGAGUUUUGGUUUUAUAAAACCAGAUGGACUGAAGAGUUGUAUAAGCAUUUGAACACGCAAAUGAAAACUAUUUUCUAUUAGUGUUCAUAUAUCCUCAUUCCUCUUAAAUUCAUGAAAAUUUUAUGAUCUGAAUUAUAUAGGCAUAUUAAAGACUCUUUUGGUCCCCACCCCCCUUUUUACAUAGAUCAUUAUUUUUGUCCUAAUAACUUUUUAAUUUUUCAUUAUCAAGGGCAUUUGCUGAACUACAAAGAUGUAUAACAAAUUAAAAUCUGAUGUGAAUGAUAUUAAUGCUAUUUUAGCAAACUGGGCUUCCUUAUUAACAAAAAUUGCAAUUUCCAUUUGUAUCAUUUCAAUAUGCAGUGUAAAUUUCAGGAAGUUAGAAAUUUUUUUAUAACCACAAACUGACAUCUUAAAAUGUUAUCUGUAAUAUAUUUAACUGCUAAGUACAUAUGGAAAAUACUAGUAUACAAUUUAAUUUCCCUAAACAGUUUUUGUUUUGCCAAAAUUUUAUUUUUCUACAUACUAGAUCGUGUUCUGCACUUCUAUUCAAAGUUCAUAGUAAAGACGAAAUAAAGGCAGUGAUUCACUA